AUGUCUCACAGUGGCGCAGUGGGCAGUGCGCCAAAUUGCAAUUUUGCCCCCAUGGUCCACCCCUGGUUCUCUACAGUACAUCUAGUCUUUGACGAACUUUGUGCCGACUAUUACCCAAGCACAUCACACGAAUCACAUGUUUUUCUAGAAACUAGACAAGCUUUUGCCGAAACCCCAGUGCAUGUCACACUGCAUGAGUGGCUCGAGGAUAGCGAGGAUGAUGGUGACUAUGACAGAGACCACGACACCGACGAAGAAGAUGAAGAUGAAGAAGGACUUGUAUUACUACUCUACUACUAUGGUCUCGAUGAUGUUGACAUGGGGUAUGCUGUUCGAGCACAGUCCUCACCAGGAAAACCCUCCGGCGCUGUAACCGCUGCUGUGGUAGAAAGAUUGAACAGGAACAAUGAUGGGUGGGGAUAG